UCGGUGGUCAUGGACUGACGGAAAUAACGCAGGUUGUCGCAAUUCACCAGCCACGUCAUAUUCAACGAUCCCGGCCUGAAUACAAUGGAAACCAUCCACAGGAAUAUUUACCAAAAUUUCCUGAUAACGGCCAUGAAGAUGCAUCACUACAUCCACAGCUGGAAGCUCAACGUCAUUAGACACCCUUCGUCCCUGCUGAGUCAGUCUAUAAACGUCAGCCCCGAAUUCGGUACACUGAUUCCCAUGCAGACACGAUCCACCAGAUGAUACAUUACACUCACAGUACGAUGCGGAACAAAGCGCGGGGGAGAAUAUCGCGCGCUGUCGGAGGGCGGUGCGAUACGCAGCGGAGCGUCGUAAUGUGGUAAGCAAUCUACCGUAGU